AUGAAGCUUUCUACGAUUCUCAGUGCGCCUCUCCUCUCCGCUGCUGUCCUUGCAGGACCAGUGGCAGAGGUCCCAGCCAACACCACCGAUCCUAAUCCCGAGGCGCUUCCAAAUCUGGUUGCUCUUUUCUUCACGAUCCUGGGAGCACCAGCUUGUGCUGUAUGGCAUCCCCAUCCGACCUGCAUGACCGAGGAUGACUAA